AUCCGACGACUGAUGUACCAUAAGGAUUGGGGAAAGGCUCUAGCUGCUCUGGAAACUUCGAGCGAGCAGACGGGAGACCUCUCCUCGCCCUGCGGCUGCGGCUAGGGUUUUCCCGCCGCCGCUGAUCCUCGUCACUCCGGCGCGGCCCUGAUGGAGGCUACCCCCACCACCGCACGUUCCUCCGGUGCCAGAUACUGCUCGUCCCCCGUCGCCACCAAGCCCUUCCGUGGCCAUUCCGGCCGACAACGGCCCGAUGCCACGCGUUGAUUUACUUCCCGGAGCUGCUCCUGUCCUGCCACCGACGGCAGCGCCUCCGUCCUGCUGCCCCUCCUUCACCGAGAUUGUUGAGACAGUCAAGUGGACCAAGUAAAAGGGAGGAAGCAUGGCGGCCGUCCAGUCUGUGAAGUCCGUAUUGAGCCUGCUAACAUGGAUUCUGUGGAUAUAUGUGCUUCUGGGUGAAUAUCACUAUGGCUAUUUGAAGUUGAUUGUUCUUUCAUGGCCCUUUGUGAUGUUUGAGCAACAUUUCAAGAGGCUACAGCUCGCAAUACCAUUACUGUUUCGCCUGGGGCAUUGGGCAAUAUGGUUUUGCGCCCUUGUUUGUAUGACAGAUCUGGGUUGCAGCUAUAUCAGGGCUGCUGUGCUGAUUUCUCCAUUUCUCUCUAGGAAGACAGCGCGAAAGGCAGCAUGGUACACACGCAAGACUUUCCAUUACAUGAGAGUUGCCCUGCCUGCAGUUUUAGUCAUCUUGUGCGAGGGGGUGAGACACAUGUUGCCGACUGAUCUAGCAAGGCUUUUUUGCCAAUGUGUUCUUACCAUCGUCAUGGCCAUAGUGGCGUGGAUACCAUCAGUAUUCCCUGGGCUGAAGCGGUUUCUGCCUCGGGUCACUUAUAUCUCCAUAGAACAGUAUCUAGAUGAGGGGCAUCCGGUGACUACAUUCCAUGAAACAUUGAACUUUCAGGUUUAUACCAGCGAUGGCCGGAACUUGUGGCAGGGAUUCAUUGAUGUCAUUCUGAAUGCCUAUGAUCAGAACAAGAGCUGGGCUGGCAACUUCCAGGAUGAGGAUCUUCGAAUAGGUGCAAAUGAGUAUAAGAUCGACAGGGAGGCAACCGAGGAUGCUACAUAUGAGAACCUCCUCCUGGAUCUUGCACAAAUUGCUAAUCUGUUGAUCAGACACUUCAUCACGGAAAACCAGUUCCCUCCUGGCUGUGUACAAGAGCUGUAUGCCUCGUUGACAGAACCUCUGCUGCCUGCUGUUCCAGUGCCUUCCCCUCAGGCUAUACAGAAAUUCCUUAAGUUCAUGAGGAACUACCCUGGACUAAAGCACCCAAGGAGAACAAGCACAUUUAUCAGCAAAGUAUUUCAGGCUGCCAGAGCCAUGGGGGCAGCUCAGUAUGCCAGUGUCAUGACAGCGGUAUCAAGGGUACAAGUGCCGCAAGACUGGAUGAAUGUGACUGAAGAAUUGGGAUAUCCACUGCUGAACCGUACGUUCUGGUUUGAUAGGUUGAAUCCUUACAACCAGAUGAAUCUAUAUAAUGAUGGUCCAGAUGAGUUGUUCCGGUUCUUGAGGAAUCUGUUUGAGCACGGUGGUGACUACGAUCGACUUGGAAGGCAGAUGUUACAUGACAUGGAAGAUCUAGACUAUCUUGCUGCGGAGGUCUUUGCGAGCGGCAUGGCCCAGCUUGUAUGGCAUUUGGUGUUGGAGUGUGAAAUGACGGGGCUGUUGGAGCAUGCAUGGAAGGAUUACUCUAUAUGACUGAAGAAUUGCUCUUGAGUAUCUCCAUUUCUCCAGGAAAAGGUGUGCCCCUGUUGGCAGUUUCGUUUGCUUGAAGUGGCAGCAAAAGCCGUGUGACUUCUCUGCGUGUUCUUCAUCCAUCUUUUUUUCUGUCUCGUCAAGGAAAGCUGCUUGCCAGCAUGUGGUUAUUUUUGUAAAAUCUCUGCAAAUUUUUGAUGGCUCCGUUGGACUGCUUGAUGUGCUGGAAUCACACAAUUGAACUGACUGUAGCUCUAGUCAUUUAGUAACGUCCCUGUGAACUUUGAUGGCUCCAUUAGUCUUGAAUAGCAGCUAAUUUUGCCUACCUACUUGGUGCUUGGUCUGGGUGUAGUGUAACAUAGCAACGCUGUUAACACUUGGAGCUGGUUUGAGUACGAGUAACUUUUUACUCCCUCCGUCCCAUAAUAUACGGAGGUGCAAGUGCAUGUAGUCUUGUGGUUGGUGUCUUCAAAGAAAAUUUUCUUGUGAA